AUGCUCGUCUUGCCUCAGCGCAUCCUCCACUCUAUCCUCUCAGCGCGGAUAAUCCUCCGCGUUCGCGGCGAUGCGCUGAACCGCAAAGCAAUGCUCGUUGAGAGCAUGCCCAUCAGCGAUUCUGUAUUCGCAGGGUCGUGCGUGAUAAUACAAGCAUCGCAAGGUAGGACAGCGGAGUGGUUCGGUGAUCCGUAUAGUCGGUUCGACGAACUAUAA